UAAUACAAACCCUCGCUAGCGUCUGAAUCGCAUAAGACACAAAAAAGUUAAUAAGAAGAAGAAAAAGAAAAGAUUUCUCAUACAAUCUUUGCUAUAUUCUUGGAUUACUAGUUUCCGAUCUGCACAAACGAUGAUGAGUCGCGGUGGAGCCAAGGCGGCGUCGUCGCUGUUGAAGGCUGCUAGACCACGGUUGUUCUCAACCGCCACUACGAGCACGAUCCGUACCAUGUCUCACGAGACGAGCCAUCUCACGAGACCCGCGGCUGCGGACUUAGCUUCUCCCUCCGGCAUGAGCGGUUGGAUCUGGACUACUAGAGCUCCGGCGAUUGGAGGCGUGCGGUUCGCCAGCACGGUUACUUUGGGAGAGAAAACGGCGACGGAGGACGCGAAUACGAAGAAGGCGGCGGAGAAGGAGUCGUCAUCCGCCGGAGGUGGCAAGGGAGAGAAAGGUAUCGCUAGCUACUGGGGUGUUGAACCGAGUAAGAUUACUAAAGAAGAUGGUACUGAAUGGAAGUGGAACUGCUUCAGGCCGUGGGAGACGUAUAAAGCUGAUUUGACGAUAGAUCUGUCGAAGCAUCAUGUUCCGACUACGUUUCUUGACAAAAUAGCUUAUUGGACUGUUAAAUCUCUUCGUUGGCCUACCGAUCUCUUCUUCCAGAGGCGAUAUGGAUGCCGAGCUAUGAUGCUGGAAACUGUAGCAGCAGUACCCGGAAUGGUAGGAGGAAUGUUACUGCACUGCAAAUCUCUCAGACGCUUUGAGCAGAGCGGAGGGUGGAUCAAAGCCCUUCUCGAGGAAGCAGAGAACGAGAGGAUGCAUCUCAUGACGUUCAUGGAAGUCGCUAAACCCAAAUGGUACGAGAGGGCUCUCGUCAUCACCGUCCAAGGAGUCUUCUUCAACGCUUACUUCCUCGGUUACCUGAUCUCUCCGAAGUUUGCUCACCGUAUGGUUGGGUACCUUGAGGAAGAAGCUAUCCACUCGUACACUGAGUUCCUCAAGGAACUCGACAAGGGUAACAUCGAGAACGUUCCUGCUCCGGCUAUCGCUAUUGAUUACUGGAGGCUCCCUGCUGAUGCGACCCUUCGUGAUGUGGUGAUGGUGGUCCGUGCCGACGAGGCUCAUCACCGUGACGUUAACCAUUUUGCAUCUGAUAUUCAUUACCAAGGUCGCGAGCUAAAGGAAGCUCCAGCUCCAAUUGGAUACCAUUGAUUUUAAUUGCCAACUCGUUGAAUAAGAAGAGCUUGUUUUUAACUAAUGUUCUAAAACUUUGUUCUAAAGAAUUUGAGAGUGUGCCUCUUCUUCUUUGUAUAUAGAUCCUAUAGCCCAUACGUUUGGAUCGGCGUCCUUGAAUGUUAUAAUUCGUUACGAAUAUUCACUCUAUGCUGUGGUCGUACUUGGAUUUUCGUUAUAGUUUAUGGGCUUUUAAGGGCUAUUGGUUCUUCUGCUA